ACCUGACCCAUUUCACCUCUGAACCUUCGUACGCCACAUAAAUCAGCCUCAGCCCUGCAGCGGAAGCAGCGUGUGAGAGCAGAGCACGCAGAGGCUGGUUCUGACGCCUCGAUAAGGCAUCAAAGCUUCCGUGGGCCGUGGCCCAGAAGGAGGCUGCAGAUAAAGGCCCAGCAGCUUCACGCUUUUAGCUGAGUCACACACAGCUGAUCUGGGUCAGUGGCUCAGCCGUCUAACCGCCGUCCUGCUGCCUUGCUCAUCGGCAGAGGCGUUGGAGAGUCCGGCUGGGCCGAUGACCGGGCCGUGGCCGGGGGGUUCUGGUUCUGCUGCUCGCGGCUAACGGCCGUCCUCUUGUCUUCGCAGCCGCGCGCCUCCUCCACCUGCUGCUGCUGGCGCAUCUGCUCGUGGGCUCCGCGUCUCGUCCCACGCUCGGCCCCUCCCUCCGCGCCACGCUGGGAUCCAUGGAGCUGGAGGUGGAUCUGCUGCUCAGGUUCAGCAAGGAGCUCCACAGUCUGAAUGAAACUGAAGUCCAAGCCCUUGCAGUCACGCAGCUCCCGCUGCAGGGACUUCCUCGCUUCCACCACACCGCUGCUGACUUCACCGCGCUGAAGCUCAACGAGUCCCUCGCUCAGCUCUACGUCUACACUCAGUCCUUCAAAGUGUACGUGGCCUGGUUGAAGACGGCCCAGGACCGCGUGGGCAUGCCCUCCAAGUCAACAGGGGGCGCCAGCGCUCAGCUCCACACUCUGUCCGACCGCCUCAGUGCGUCGCUUCAACAGAUCAACGAGGAGCUUCCUCAGUCGCCGCCUCCGCCUCCUUCCUUCCCUCUCGUGUCCACGACCUUCGACGGCCUCAAUGUUUCCGCCCAGGUUGCUCAACAGUUGCAGACUUUCUGCUACUGGUCAAAGCAGGUGCUGCGGACUCUUGAGAGACAAUUCUGACACUAAGCGCUGGCGUGGAGCUGCAGAACCACUGUGACGUGGUUAUUUCCACCCAGCGAGGCUGUGGAGCCAUGGCGGCGGCUUCGGGUCGAUGAGGUUCCACCCAUUCCUCCAGAAACGGGCUCCUGGAGCUCAGGGUGCAAAGCUGGGCAGGUUUGAACGCUGCCUUGAAGAUCAACGGCAUCCGUGUUCUUCAAACUUCAUACAUGUUUAUAGUUUAUAUACAUAGUCCUUAGAUACACACUGGUUUCUCUGGUUUGAUGAACUGGAAGCUUCUGCUGCUGAGGAGCUCUUUCCUUCACCUGUGGCCUUCUCUGCCUUCAUUGUUUACACUCAGGCUGAUCCUCAGGAGUGAAAUCCUCAGAUGCAAUUUAGAAUGUUAUUUGUUUUGGUAUAAACUACUGUAUUUAGAUAAUGAGCUUUUUUACUUUUCCACUCAGUUUGAGGCGCUGGCGUCGCAGCUUUGAUGGGUAAUAUUUUAUAUAAUAACAUAAUAAUAUAAUAAUCGUAAUAUUUUUGCAUAAGUAAUAUUAAGUGUAUUAUUAUGUACUGUAAGAAAUUGUAUAGCUAUUUAUACAUUUUGAAUGUUUGAAUGAAAGUUUUUUCAG